CGGCGUUGCCGGUCCCGUCCCUCCUCCCCGCCGGGGCUGAGGAAGCGGAGGGAGCCGUGGAGUUGCUCUGCAUAUUAAUGAGCCGGGAGCAAGGGCAGCGGGAGCUGUUUUAAAAGAGGACAAGGGGAGGCAAGCGGCAGAGCGCAGGCAGCGCGCAGGCAGAGCGCAGGCAGCGCGCAAAGCGCCAGGGCAGCACCAGCACCGCCGGGAGCCGCUCUCUGCUGUCUCCUCCCUGGUGAAUUCCAGCCCCAGGGACGGGGGAAUCGGGAGGACAAACGCGGAACCAACGAACGCAGGAGAACCCCCGGCGUCUCUUUAGGUACCUGCUGCAGCAUCAUGAGGCUCCUGACAGCAGCGCUGCUUCUGCUGUUCAUUGCGAUGUGCUUGGCCAGCGCAGAAGGCGUGAAGUGCAAAUGCUCAAGGAAAGGUCCUAAAAUAAGAUUCUCUAAUGUAAGGAAGCUGGAAAUAAAACCGAGGUACCCGUUCUGCGUGGAAGAGAUGAUUAUCGUGACUCUGUGGACACGGGUGAGAGGCGAGCAGCAGCACUGCUUAAACCCCAAACGCCAAAACACAGUGAGACUGCUCAAGUGGUACAGAGUAUGGAAAGAGAAAGGCAGGGUUUAUGAAGAAUAAGAGGAAGCAGCAUGAGGAACGGAACAGACUCCCUUGGCUGGCAUAGGACUGGGCUCUGCAGAAGAUGAUUUCUCUCUCACAGACAUAAGACACAAAUUCUAUAUUAUUAUAAAGCACUUUUUACCAAGGGUCAGUUUUUACAUUUUAUAGCCAUGUGCAAAAGGCUCCCAGAUUCCAUACACAUCUCUUGCACUUCAGACUUCCUACCCAUCUGCUCUGUACUGAGAUUGGGGAAACCUCAUGCUUUUCAUGUUAAAGAGGUUGGGUUUGGGGUUGUUGGGUUUUUUUUAUUGUUAUUCAUUCAUACUUCACUAUGAUUGCAAUCGAGCUUUAUAAGCUCAUUAGACAAACAGUAAUGUUUGUAAAGGUGUUCUACAGCCAUGUCCUUCACCUUUUCACAGUGGGAAAGCUUCGGUGCUAUGGUUCUUUGUCAUGUUUGCAGCCUCCAAUUUAGCCAGGCAAAGCAGGGACCAAAGAUGAGUUUGCUGGGGAAGAUGCCACUGGAAUGUCAUGGCUGUAACAGCAGAAGUGAGGUCCCUCAGCCCAUCGUCAAUGAGUGUGAACAUCACUGUGCACCUCUCCAAUGGACCCGAUGUCUUGCUGCAAGGUGAAGCAUACCAGAUCUCCCAUCUAACGUUCCAUACAUUAGAAAGCAGUUCUAGGUCUUUUUUAUUACUAAGAAAAUGUUUAUUUUGUUGUUUUUUUUUUCCCACCUGAAGCUCUUACAGAGUGUUUGUGGCUUCAGUACCAAGACAUUUUAAGCUUCAAGACUAUUGUGUAUGAUUUCCUAGAUUUGUAGCAACAAAAAAAGCCUUUAAAAGGUACCUUUUUAUGAACAAUAAAAUAAGGUCGACGUAUAAAUGCCUAUCUACGUUUUAGUCACAACAUAUUCAUUAUUUUGAAUGUAAUACUUCAAUGUUAAGCAGUGCAUUCCUCUUUUUAAUAUAACAAAACUACCUUCCCAUUUGUAAAUAUACUCUAGGAAGUCUCCCUAUGUUAUCUCGCUGUAUAAUGUACUGUACUGCUAAAUUAUCCUAUGCUAUUUAAAUGGUUGAAAUAUUUAGAAGGUUGCAUGCAGAUUUCAUAUUUCUUUCUAAGACAAAUGGGAAAAAAAAAAGAAAUAAAAAUAUAUUUAAAA